GAAAACUUCCUUUUCCUUUUGGACGCCAUUCGGUUUAGAAGUGCAUCGUUCUCCUUCGGGGGCCAAGGCUAAUCCGGCGACGUGCACUGUUAAUUUUGAUCAUCUGUCACAUUCUACACACCACAAGACAUCAACAUGCCUUCCAACGACGAGCUGGCCUGUGUUUACAGCGCUCUUAUCCUCCAGGACGAUGAAAUCGCCGUUACGGCUGAAAAGAUCAAUACCAUCCUCAAAGCUGCUAGCGUUGAUGUGGAGCCCUACUGGCCAAGCCUCUUUGCCAAGGCACUUGAAGGUUUAGACUUAAAGGCCCUCAUCUCUAACGUCGGCUCUGGUGUUGGAUCUGCCGGACCUGCUCCAGCAGCAGCCGCUGGUGGAGCUGCACCAGCUGCUGGCGGCGGUGGCGCAAAGGACGAGCCAAAGAAGGAAGAGAAGAAAGAAGAGUCUGAAGAGGAAGACGAUGACAUGGGCUUUGGUCUCUUCGAUUAAGAGGGCCAAGCACUGUUGUAUUAUAAGACCACUGUUGUUGAAAUAAAACAGCACAAAUGAA